AAAAUACAAGAUUUCUUGAAAAGAGACAGCCAUGAUAGGAAGAGAGCUCCUUCACAAGAUGAAGCAACUGUGGCUCUUUUAGUAGCACAAAGAGAUCAUGCAUUUGGAAAUUUUGAUGUAUGUUUCUUGGUUUUGUCUCACUGUGAUGAAAUGUGGAUGGUGUAAGGGAUGUAGGCUCUCUGUGUGAUGCCAAUCUGAUACAUGGAAUGCUGUGUUCUGUUUAUUCGGGCGAAGGUGUUGGAUCGUUGAUACGAUUUUGUUCUAAAAAGAGCGUUUUUCGUCGCCUACUUGCUUGUCUUCUGAUUCUUGAUCAUGGAAAAGGUGUGCUUUUCCUCGCCUCUUACCCCGGAUGGAAAGAAAGGCGGUGGAAAAUUCUCGAGGCAAGUCACACAUGGCUCCUAUCUGAUGAAAGGAAAGUCGAACCGUCCCAUGGAAGACUAUCUGGUCUCUGAACUCAGGGUGAUAGGCGAGGACGCGUUGGGAUUGUUUGCCAUCUAUGACGGACACAUGGGGCACGGUGUUGCAAACUACUUGCAACUGAACCUCUUCGACAACAUUCUGAAGCAGGGUGACUUCUGGACCGACAUCAAACUCGCAAUAAAGAGCGCUUAUCAGACGACUGACAAGGAAAUAUUGGAGAAGUCCUUUGAAUUGGGGAAAGGAGGGUCGACAGCGGUAAAUGCAAUCUUGAUCAACGGACAGAGGCUCGUGGUUGCAAACGUGGGGGACUCCCGAGCUGUCAUCAGCAAGAAAGGCGUCGCGAAGCAGCUCUCUGUCGAUCACGACCCCACUAGGGAAAAGGAGUUGAUCGAGAGCAAGGGCGGAUUCGUGUCAAACCGGCCAGGCGACGUUCCUCGCGUUGAUGGCCAGCUGGCGGUGGCCAGAGCAUUCGGCGACAAGAGCUUGAAGAAACACGUGACGUCCGAGCCUGAUAUUGCGGUCCAGACCAUAGACGACGACGUUGAGUUCUUAAUUUUAGCGAGCGAUGGAGUGUGGACCGUAAUGUCGAACCAAGACGCGGUCAACUCCAUCAAAGCGAUCAAGGAUCCACACGCAGCAGCCAAGCGUCUCGUUGAUGAGGCGCUGUCGAGGAAAAGCCGGGACGACAUCUCGUGCGUCGUCGUUAGGUUUCAAUAGCUUGAUUAGAUAGGUUUUUUGCUUUCACUUAGUUAGUUUAGCUACUUAGGAUUUGAAUUUAUUUUGCAAGAAAUUGAAUGAUAUUUUUUUUCUA